AUGUCGGAAGAAGAUCGCGUUACAAAAACGUGUUUUUUUCAGCCAGUGACCCACUGCAUUUUCGAGUUGGAUGGCCUCCUAAUAGAUAGCGAAAGUUUGCGAACCGAAUCGGUUCAGAAGAUUCUGGAUCCCUAUGGACACACCUAUAGCUUUGAUCUGAAGAUGCGUUGCAUGGGAAAACCGGACUCGGAGCAGGCUGACCUCUUGGUGAACACCUUCAACCUGCCCUUCGGUCGCUCUGAGUUUGAAUCUCAGCACGAACUGCAAUGUCGGGGUAAAUUGCCUUUCAUUCGACUGAUGCCCGGUGUGGAGCGCCUCCUGAAGCAUCUUCACGAGUCCAAUGUUCCAAUGGCCAUCGGCAGUGGCAGUUGCCGGGAUUCGUUCAGGAUAAAGACACGUCGACACUCCAGUCUCUUCGAUGUCUUCCACCACGUGGUUCUGAGUGGCUCCGAUGAAGAAGUGAAGAGGGGAAAGCCUGCUCCAGAUAUUUUCCUCACCACCGCCUCUCGUUUUGAGGAUCCUCCGGAUCCGAGUAAAUGCCUGGUUUUCGAGUCCUCGUUGGUGGGAAUGGAGGCUGCCUUGGCGGCUGGAAUGCAGGUGGUUCUCGUUCCCGAUCCUCUGGUUUCUAUCCGAGCCAGUGCUCCGGCCACUCUGAGAUUGCGAUCCUUGGAGGGCUUCAAGCCACAAUACUUUGGCUUACCGCCUUUGGGAAAAUCAAACAUACACUCUGUUCUGUAAAAAAGUGAAGAUUAUAAAGAAGUUAAAUGUGGUUUAUUAAAGCCAAAUAUUAAAGUAA